CAUAGUAAAAUAAAUCGCAAGACCAGAUGUGUAUUUUUUUUUUUUUUACAGAAUAAUUAGAUGCAAACAAUUGCAGGGUCAAAUAACUAAACCCACAUGCAGCUUUGCAUACUGACGUUGAACAACCCGUGGCAACUGUGGCUUGCACAGUUGCCACGGGUACUGCAGCUUCUUCACAUGUUUCAGAAAGUCCCUCACAGAAACCCAUAGGCUAACUUAUGGAUGGAUGAUAUUCAGAUUUUAAGAAAAAUAGUCAAAUAGUAACAGCGUAAUCUACGUUAUGCAGCAUCACAAACUUAUAAUUCCGUUGUUGUACAAUGACAAUUCGUAAAACUUGAUAAAAGUAGUGUGAUAUAUUUUUUACUGUAAAACCCAUGGGAACCAGUUAGCGUCAACAACAUCUAAAACAUUUGCAAUGCUUGCAACUGACUGCAAUAUUUAUAGACAUAUGUCAACAUUGCUACUCGUACCAUGACAUCCUGACUAACGUCUCUUUACAUGUUUGUUAGCAUGUGCUAUGGCAAUAUAAUGCAACAGACUGCUACCACACAUACUUUUAUACAAAUAAGAAUUCAUUAGAUUUAUGUAUACCAUAGAUGCUAUGAGAUAAAAUAAACUAUAAGCUUGUACCAAUUAAGUUGGACAAAUGUAAAGAGCAUUUUUUGACAUUAAUAAAAGUAAUUUGCUGUAUGUGAGGUACAAUUAAUUAUGUAAAUGUUGUAUUUCUUGGAGUUAAAGAAUAGCAACAGCAGCAACAAAAAAAAAGCCCCAAAAAACAGAGUGCAAACAGAGGGUGGCCAAAAGAAGGAAGCUACCAUUUCUGUGGUUAUGCUGACAUGAAGUCACCUCCUGUUUCAAAGUACAGACACGCAGUAUGCACAGGGACUCUUGACACUGACACACAUAGCUCAUUUCAAUAACCUACACUAACUUUAGACACGGCAAAUUGCAUAUUUGUGAAACUGUUUGGAUGCUUACUGACUGUCGAAACUUGGAGUUGCCACUCCGGUGGGAUGAAGGAUAGACAGAGUUUCUAACGUUUAGCUGGGACUCCUAAAAACAGGCAGGAGCCAAAUCUUUGACUACAAGGAUGGAUUCCAGCGUGACCCCGCAGCAUCCGUCUACCUCCAUGAUGACUCAGAACGUCACGCCAACCGCUACGUCUGAGAAUGGAACCGCUGCUCCAUCCCCAGAUUUUCACAUUACCCUCAUGGUCAUCUACUCUGUGGUUCUGCUGUGCGGUACGGUCAGCCUGAGCCUGAUGAUGCACAUCUUGAAGUCCAGUGCUGCUUCUGCCACCUCCAUUACCGUGUUUAACCUCAUUUUCGCCCACUUCAUCUUCCUUCUGACGGUGCCCUUCAGAAUUUACUAUUAUGUCACCAACGAGUGGAAGUUGGGUCCUGAGUGGUGUAAAAUGGUGAGCGCUAUGAUCCACAUUCACAUGUACAUGUCUUUUUUGCUCUACAUGAUCAUCCUCGUCACACGCUUGUGGCCACACUACUGCAGGACCAGGCAGGUGGAGCCCUUAGGCAGAAUGCAAGCACUCAUCGGCAGUGUAGUGAUGUGGGUCAUUGUGCUCAUCUUAAUCCCUUGCAUCACUUUUCCUUUUUAUGGCAAGUCAUAUCAAGAUAAAAAUUCCACUCAAUGCUUUCAUUUUGCAGAAAGCAUAAAAUCUGCCGAAGUGCUGAACUACAUAUUAAGCACACUGGUGAUAGUGGUUGCUGUUGUGUUGACAGCCCUUCAGGCCAGCAUCCUGUGGACUCUGUACAAAAGGGACCGCCAGGGAUGCAGGUCUCAGCAAGACUUCGGGGCUCAGCUGAAGAGCCUCUGCUUCACACUGAUCAUGCUAAUCUGCUUCGUUCCCUACCAUAGUUUCCGGCUGUAUUACAUCGGGCAACCUGAGCUUGAACCUAUCAACGAAGUCUUACUGAGCCUGACCACUUUCAACUGUUUGGACAUGCUCACCUUCCUGGGGAGGAGAACAUUCCACAUGUGCUUUAGAAGAAGGACUGUGUGAACACAGCAUCUACAAUAACUGUGAAUGUGCAUACAGGAGACAAACUGAUGUAAAAUGUUGACAUGCGUUUCUUUUUUCAUAUUUCUUGUUGAUCUUUAUUUGAUAUCAAACUGUGAUCCUUUUGCCUGCUUCAUUAUCUAACCAAUAUUAUUUCAGCUGAUUAUUAUUAUUAUUAUUAUUAUUAUUGCAGAAAUGCUUGGUUGUUGAAUAAUAAAAAAAAAGUUUUUGCCAGAGAUUAUGAACUCAGGUCCAGUUUUGAUAUUGUAUUUAUGAAUAGCAGAAAUGUAUAUGUUGCCAAGUAAUAAAUGCAAUCUGAAAACCA